AUGAUCUCCACCUCCACCUUCACCAUCACCUCCACCGCCAUACUAUUACAAAUCUCCACCUCCUCCCUCACCAUCACCACCCCACCAUAUUACUAUAAGUCUCCACCUCCUCCAUCACCUUCACCUCCACCACCAUACUAUUACAAAUCUCCACCACCUCCUUCGCCUUCUCCUCCACCACCUUAUUACUACAAGUCUCCUCCACCACCAUCUUCAUCACCACCACCACCAUACUAUUACAAGUCUCCUCCUCCACCAUCCCCAUUACCACCCCCACCAUACUAUUACAAGUCUCCACCACCACCUUCUAAAUCACCUCCUCCCCCCUACUAUUACAAUUCUCCGCCACCACCAGUGAAGUCUCCCCCUCCACCAUAUUACUACUCCUCACCACCACCACCAAAGAAAUCACCUCCUCCACCAUAUCACUACACUUCCCCACCACCACCUGUUAACUCACCACCUCCUCCAUACUACUACUCCUCUCCACCACCACCCAAGAAAUCACCUCCUCCACCAUAUCAUUACACUUCUCCACCACCACCUGUUAAGUCACCACCUCCUCCUUACUACUACAACUCUCCACCACCACCUUAUGUGUAUAAGUCUCCACCACCACCUGCUUACUUUUACAAAUCUCCGCCACCACCAACUAAGUCUCCACCACCUCAUUAUUAUUACAAGUCUCCACCUCCACCAUCACCAAAACCUACACCAGUAUACUAUUACAAAUCUCCGCCCCCACCAACUAAGUCUCCACCACCUGCAUAUUAUUACAAGUCUCCACCUCCACCAUCACCAAAACCUGUGCCAGUAUACUAUUAUAAAUCUCCGCCGCCACCAACUAAGUCUCCACCACCUCCAUAUUACUACAAGUCUCCACCUCCACCAUCACCAAAACCUGUGCCAGUAUACUAUUAUAAAUCUCCGCCCCCACCAACUAAGUCUCCACCACCUCCAUAUUACUACAAGUCUCCACCUCCACCAUCACCAAAACCUGCACCAGUAUACUAUUAUAAAUCACCCCCACCCCCGUCACCAUCACCACCUCCACCUUACUACUACAAGUCUCCACCACCACCAUCACCUUCUCCCCCACCUCCCUACUACUAUAAGUCUCCUCCACCACCAUCGUCAUCUCCUCCUCCACCCUACUACUACAAGUCCCCUCCUCCACCAUCUCCAUCACCACCUCCACCAUACUACUACAAGUCACCACCACCACCAUCGCCGUCUCCUCCACCACCCUAUUACUACAAGUCACCACCACCACCAUCGCCAUCUCCUCCACCACCAUACUACUACAAGUCUCCACCACCACCAUCACCAUCACCUCCACCACCCUACUACUACAAGUCUCCUCCACCCCCAUCGCCUUCUCCCCCUCCACCAUACUACUACAAGUCACCACCACCACCUUCCCCAUCUCCUCCACCACCCUACUACUACAAGUCUCCUCCACCACCAUCCUCAUCACCUCCCCCACCCUACUACUACAAGUCCCCUCCUCCACCAUCGCCUUCUCCUCCACCACCUUACUACUACCACUCUCCACCUCCACCGGUUAAGUCUCCUCCUCCACCCUAUUACUACAACUCACCUCCUCCACCCGUGAAAUCACCUCCUCCACCAGUAUACGUUUAUGCUUCUCCACCACCUCCAACUCACUACUAAGUAUUUCUUGGAGCUCAACCA